AUGUUGGAACCACGCAGACUCCGACACUCGUCUGGAUGGUCCGGCGGUUCACUGUGGAACGAGGAUAUCACCCUCUCGGUGGACGGCGUGUAUGAAAGCAGGUCGUAUUACAUCGCGCAGCUCGUCUUCGAAUUCCUCACCUUCGCCGCGCUGCUUUGCUUCUUUGUGGGAACUUUUGCCAUCAGACAGCCUAGAGCGCUGCCUCAGUGGCUUCCCAAGCAGGCUCUUGUUACGUCUAUCGUGAUUUAUAUCCUUCUCAGCUGGGAGAUGCUUUUGAUUCCUCAGAUGUUCUUCCACCUUUGCGAAGUCACGGUAAAGCGAAGUUAUGUCGUCAUGUCCCUGCUCCAAACCGCUUUCUGGAUGAUCGGCUUCUGGCUCCUCUUCUACGUCUUCUACCGCAUUAUUCAGGCAUACCUCGAUCGGAUCGCAAACGGUGGCAAGCGGUUUCACCCUGUCUUGAUCGUCCACUGGAUCUUGCUGGGGGGGUUGGGAAUCGUCCUGAUAGCCAACUGGGGCAUGUACGUUACCAUGAUUGUGAAGCAAAAUAGCCUGUACAGCCGCCUCAGUCGGGAGUUCUACAUGAGGUACAAUCAAGUGAGCGAAGCGCGCAUCAUCCUCUCUUGGAUCAUGUCUCUGGAGGUCCUUGCGUGGACCAUGUUCAUCAUUGCAAAGUCCAGAUUCAGCAGCAAGUCUGGCUCCAACGCCCUCGCCCUGGGAAGCUUCUUCCUUUUCGUCCAAUCCCUCGAGUCAAUGAUCGUAACGAUCAUGUAUAGCAUGGAAUACCAUUCCCCGCCCCUGUACCUUAAUCUCGCAAGCGCGGUCGUCAGCUUCAUCUGCAUAGUCGGCAUAUACUCCGGGAUCCUCUUCUGCUGCACGCAGUGGUGCAAGGCCUGCCAGUUCUAUUCACAGGAGCCUGCUCAAGGCGCGUACCAAACCCAACCGCCAAUGCCCUCGUACCAGCCCUACCCUCCUCCAGGAACUCAGCCGCCGACAAACUCCGGGUACUCGAGCCCCGUAGGUGGCCACGGGCAAUUUUCUGCAGCCGGGUUUCACAAUGGACGCGACGCGGCGACCAAUAGCUUUGCGCCUGUGCAUCCGCACCACCAACAUGCAUGA